AUGUACUCCACCUACCACUUCCAAUCCAAGGACACCAUGGAGGCGCUCGGUGCGUACGCAUCCAGCGAAGAUGAGACCCCCCCACACUCGACAUCACCGCGCUCUACCGAUGCACCAUCCCUCUCGCUACCCGUAGUCAACUCUGCGCCAUUUGUCGCGCAUUCAGACAGCCAGGAUCAGGCCAACAAGACAGCGUUUCUAUCGGCUGGAUCACAACGCCGAUUGGCCGUGAAUCUGCCCGUAGAGUCGACUCUAGCGCCAUUUAUGGGCCCUCAAAGCGGCGAUUCAACAGAGUUGGCACUAAUGGAUCCUUUACGUGCCGGUAGUGGCAAGGAAGUGGUCACAGGUGUCGUGGAGCAGGCAGACAUGGAAGACUAUAGCUUCGAGGCGCAAUACCACACUUUCAACGAGACUUUAAGCCGCAAUAUCCCGAGAAACAGAGUCAAAGGGGCCCCUCCAUCCGCCCCAGCACUCCCAGGAGAGAUUAUCCCCGACAAUAUCGUCGCCCCGGACGAGGAAGACGUGUUCACUAGACGCAACGCCAAGAAGAGGAAGAACCAGAUUAUUUCCAAGGAACGAGCAGCAGCUGAGGACUUUGGAGACGAAAACUCGGACGGUAUUUGGGCUCCAUACAAGGACAAGAAUAAACACUUCACCGAUGCUGAGCUAGACAUCAUGAACGAACAGCAGAAGGCACUGAGGGAAGAACACCAAGAAGCCAAGAGACGUAAGGCCGAAGCGAAGUCAGAAGUGGAUGAGGAGAUGGACUUUGACCGGAUGGUAGAGAGGAAGACGUCGCACUUGUUGCCAGCCAGAUUGAAGGCUGGCCAGACAGCAUUGGAAGGCAAGUCGACGUUCUUAGGAGAUCAGGAGUACGACUACCAGGGACGUGCGUGGGUGGAGCCUCCACGCUCUCUGAAACCCGACGACGGAGACCACCAGGUGUUCCUACCCAAACGGUGUGUACACAAGUGGACGGGACACACCAAGGGCGUCCAAGCUAUCGAGCUGUUCCCCAAGUUUGGUCACUUGUUGCUUUCUGGCAGUAUGGACAACACUGUGCGUAUCUGGGACGUAUACAACGAACGCAAGUGCCAACGUGUAUACGAAGGCCACUCAGCUGCUGUUCGUGGUAUAAAUUUUAGCAAUGAUGGCAAACAGUUUUUGAGUUGCAGCUUCGAUCGGUUUAUCCAGCUAUGGGACACAGAAACGGGACAAGCGGUGCACUCGUUCACAACGCGUCGGGUCCCGUACUGUGUCAAGUUCUACCCGCUCGACAACACGCAGUUUGUAGUGGGCGACUCGAACAAUAUGGUGGUGCAAUUUGACACUCGAUCCGGCGAGAUCGUGCAGGAGUACAACCACCACUUAAAGGCCGUGAACAGUGUGACGUUCGUGGACGACAACAAGCGCUUUGUGAGUACCUCCGAUGACAAGAAGUUGCUGGUGUGGGAGUGGGGUAUUCCCGUCCCGAUUAAGUACAUUUCCGAGCCGGGUAUGCACGCGAUGCCGGCUGUGACGCUGCAUCCGAGCGGUGGCUUCUUUGCCGGCCAAUCGCUCAAUAACCAGAUCGACGUGUACACUGCACGUGACAAGUUCAAAAUGAACCGGAAAAAGACGUUCAGGGGUCACCAGAAUGCCGGAUAUGCGUGCCAAAUUGGGUUCUCUCCGAAUGGGCAAUUCGUCAUGUCGGGCGAUGGCCAAGGUAAACUGGCGUUCUGGGACUGGAAAACGUCCAAGAUGCUCCAGAAGCUGCAUGCGCACGACCGCGGUCCGACUAUGGGGGCCAUUUGGCAUCCACUCGAGCCCAGCAAGGUCGUCUCGUGCGGUUGGGACGGGCUCAUCAAGUACUGGGAUUAG